CAGUUUUUCAGUGAUAGUAAAAUUAAUAAAAAAGUGACAGCUUUGAAAAUGAAAAAAAAUUCGAAACGAAUUAAAAAUAUGAAAUAGAACAUUAUGCUAGCGGUUAAGUUAGACAUGUACGAAUCUUGAUGUUAGCACUGAUGGUAACAUCUGCUUCAAGUGCUGGCACUCAAAAAAACUCUUCAUUUGGUGAAAACCUAUCAGCUAUGAGGAAUUCCAAUAAAACCGUGGUUUCACAAGUUGCAUUCAAAAUUAAUACCACUUCUACGACACAAAAUAAAACUGUUUCUAAAGACCCACCUAGAAUGGGUCGUGAACACAUUAUAGAUAAACCUCACCUGAACAGCACAAGUGUUCCCAAAAUACUGGAGAAGUUUAAUAAUAGUAAAAAUACUUCUGAAAAAACGACAAGUCGGAAUGAAACUUUAGAGCAAAAACCCUCUAGGGAUGCAGUCAAAAAUCUAACUGAAACCAAUAAAUUAGACAGUAGCAGUUUAACGCCUACAAAUUCUACAAAACUCAAUUCAUAUACAAAAGAUACUGCAAUCAAUUCAACAAGUAUGGUACAAGGAAAUAGCAGUACAUCGUCUAUGUCAACCAACACUAAAAUAGAUACUAAUAAUAAUCAUAGUACUGUUGCAAAGCCAAGGAAGCCAAUAGUUACUGAACAUGAUGAUAUUCCGAAAGACUUAAAGUCUGAACCUUAUCCUCUUGAUAUUCCUAGUAUUGAUACAACAUUCAAGAAAAAAAGUAAGCAAGCGGAUUAUGUAAUUCCCAUAGUUGCCGUUAUUUUAUCUAUUCCAUUGGUUACAAUAAUAUUUUCUGUUCUUUUCAAACGCGGCAAGGACUGGUGGCAACAUAGAAACUAUAAAAGAGUGGAUUAUUUGAUAGAAGGCAUGUAUCAAAGUUGAACACAGAACGCAUGUAAGGCUUGUUAAAAUUUGACUAUCGUAUUUAUAGAAAACAUAGUUUUGUUAACGUGUAAGUCUCCAAAGUGCCUAGCAUCAGAUGCAAUACUCUUGUGAUAUUGACGAAAAUAUAAGUUGUUAUAUAUUUUUAUAUACCUACCCAGCAAUAUUAAAAUUGUUACUAUUUUCA